AUGUCGAAGAGGAAAACCCCAUCAAGUAAGGAAGGACAAGAUGUUGUCAACUUAUUAACAACAAUCGAUGCCAAUAAGAAGAACACCAGUGAGGCUACCUCAGAUGACCAGGCUAAUGCCAAUAACAUCGAAACCACCUCUACAAAAGACAAUCAGGUUAAUACCAACAAUGUCUCAACAGGUGAUAAUGUUCAGCUAAAGGAAAAGGAUAUUGACACAACGGGCAAUUCGGCUCAAGAGAAUUCUGAUAAAGAUAAGAACAAAACAUCGAAAGAUACUUCAAUCUCGUCAUCUUCGACUGUAGAUGGUCCGAUCGAGAAGGGAAAAGGAAGAAUCCAAAUAGACAAUAGUUAUACUCAGUUGUUAGGUAGUAACCCACAAACUGUUAUACCGGGUAAUAUAAUUAUUAUGUCAUAA